AUGGCAACGACGACGGCAUCCCAGCAGGCGUCCGCACCGCAAGUCCGCGUCGGAGGUGCCCGUCCUCCUGUUCGUCCAGGGCUCGUUUAUAACGUGGCCCCCCACCCUUCCCCUAUGCCCCAGUCACCAAGUCAGAUCCUAAACGCUGGACCCUCGAUACAGCGCAUGUCCAAGGUGUACUCUUCGACUGCUGAGGCAAUCGCCAACUUCAAGCCAACGCCACGCGAGGUGAUCAGUGGAAUUGCACCACACGUGUUUGAUGAGAGGAAAAGGAGGCGCAGUCAGCGGCGGAGUCAAGGACAUGGAGCCCCAAAGCCAUAUUGGUAUGAGAACGGGCAGAAAAGGUCGUCGCCUCUGCGAGGCGCGACUAUCAUUGCAUGGGACGAGCAUUCGAUUUAUCUAGAACAACCCGACCACAAGCGGGCGACGUCACCUGAGAAAAAGGUCGAACGCGAACUUACUCCUGGGUCCGAGACUGAGCAGGUGCAGGAAUCGACCACGUCCGACCAAACAGAAAGAGUCAUCAUCAAUAAACGUCGUGUCAAACUUGACAAAUCUUCCGGCUGGAAGCAUUUCCGUGUUGAUAUCCAUCUUCUAAAAUUUGGACUGUCAGCCCCUUCAACAAAAUCGUGA